UAAAUGUAAUUAAACAAUUUACUUAAGUUCACCACUAAAUCAAUGUGGAUUAUCGAUCACUAGAUUACACUGCGAAACAAUAAAAAAUGGGUGAAGCGAACGGAGACGUUAUACAAUGGAAAAAGCUGUGGCAACUCGUAUCCGGAAUUCACUACGAAACGCCAAAUGCCGUCGUUCGGGACCGACUCAUGGACGUUUCGAAACAGAUCACCGAUGGGAUUACGAUGUAUAAAAAAGCUGCAAGCGACAAGGUCUCGGAGGAACAGCUGAAGAAAGCCAUGAAGGAGCGUAACCAGCAGAAACUGCUGGGUUUCGCCACCAAGUUGUAUCAGUAUUUGGACAUUGAUGCCUUGCAGUCGUGGAACAUCCUUUGCUUCUACCUUGUUAACGAAUAUCGGGGUCCCGCCAAUGCCUUGGCGGAUUAUUUGUCAACCGAAAGUUCGAUGCUGACCUUGCUGAGCGACAUCUGGUCAUAUUACAGCUUGGAAAGGAUGGUCCUAUUGAAGGUCGUCAAAAAUCUUCUGGAGUUCUAUAACUCAGGGAAUCAUCCGUACUCAAAGGAAUAUAAAUGCAUCAUCGAUAAGAUUGGCAUGGCCAAUCUGCGGACAUCGUACAUCAAUCAGCUGGAGCGCUUGAUAAAUGAAUCGAUGCCUGGCAAGUUGAUUCCUGGGGAUAUGUUCAACAACCAAGCAAAAAUGAUAUCCUGGUCAGAGCGGAAGCUACGUGAAAUGAAUGAAAUCUUGCACAUCAUUCUGAUGAUCAUUCACAACGAUGGAAUAAGCGUGAACGAAUUUUGUCGACUGUUCAAGCUGUUCAAAGGACAUGCGUUUGGACGGCAGCAGCAAUAUUUGGACACCGCUAACGAGAAUCAUGGCGAUCUAGUGAAGAGAAUCACUUUCAGUGAAAUAGCGAUUGUGUGUGAAGCUCUAGACCUAACCGAGAGGCCGGAUAAAGCCGAUUGGGCCGAGGGCGUCAUCGAAGCGCUAGACAGUGAACUAAUCACAUUGCAUCAGUUCCCGGAGCAUGGACCUCUACUGCUGAUGUGGAUGCUGUUCAAUUUCAGGAUCCCCGGCCACUUGGAAGACGAUGAUCUAUCCAGUCGAUACCGUCAGUUCGGGUCCAGAGCAAUUCAGUUGGGCGUGUUCGAAUAUUUGCAUGCAUUGGUGACGCAUCGAACCUUCAAAGAUCACAGUUUUGUUUGCCGCAUCACACGUAAAGCGAUCUAUAACCAACUGGCAUUCCUAUGUCAGUUGUUCGACUCCGACGGAUCAGUAGCUGAACAUGCCAAAGUCAUCGAUCUGCUCAGUGAAUUGAUCAGCAGCCCGUCCAUUGCAGCCGACUUUUGCAAGAACGAAUCAAAUCCCAUUCGUUCGCUGUUCGAUACAUCGCUGGAAAAAUUCCCAAUGGAUUUUAGACCCUUAGCUACAAUCGCUCACGCUCUAACUUCGGCAGGUCCCAACUCGUACAAGUAUAUCCACGGGCUGCUGGAAAGUCUCCCCGUGUACAGCGAAGUGUACAACCCAGACAACUACGAGCUGCGUCCUUCGGCCACAAGUGAGGACGAAUUCGUCCUGGCCCACGAUUAUGUUCCAUUUCGAAGAAUUGGCUUCAAGGUACCCCGGGGCACUAGCGUGGUUGUGCUCGAUAAGCGAUCGCACACGAUGGUGCACUUCAGGACUAAAUUUAACUUCUAUGACGCAUUGCACCACGAGAUAAACGAGCUGCUGUCGGAUGCACUGGCGUAUACGCAGCUCAACGAUGAAAGGAUUCAACGGAUAACGGCGGGAAUACGAUACUUGGCCGUUGCGGUCAAACGUAUAAACCAGCCGCAUGAAAUCAGCCCGGAAAUGGUGCAUCCCACCGAAAUGGUGUUCGAUAUCUUGCUGAAGUUCAAAGUUGUUCAAAAUCCGCCCGUAGAACUGCUGGCGGAGUGCAUUAAUGUUUGCGCUGCCCUUGUGCCGCUAUUUGAGCCGGAAAUCUACGCCCGUGUCAUCAACUUGAAUAUCCUCCCAACAGUGAAUAAUGCGAACUUGGACUUCAAGGAUUACGCCGCCGGGACCAGUUUUGAGUCCAGCUUGAUCGGAUUUUAUCUGGUGAAUUGCGAGAAAAACGCGGGAAAGUAUCGAAUACUGAUGGCUUAUCUAAACUUUCUGAAAACGUACACCAAGCUGGGAAAGAGCAACAUUUUCGGCGUUGAGUUGCCCGGAUUGAUUUUCCUCUUGCGGGAAGUUUUUCCUCAUGCCCACACGUGGAGGUUCGAGAACGAAGCGGAACGACAAAAGGUGUAUGUGUUCAUCUUGCAGUAUUUGUUUGAAAUUCUGCAGCUAAGCCCGGAAGUGUUGAAGAACGACUAUUCCAGAACAGUUCUUCAGAACGUUUGCGUCUACAGUCUGUUGGACCUAGACAAUGGAUUGACCCUGUUGAAGUUCGUCGGAGUCGGCAAUGGAUACCUGCAGUCGGUGAUGGAGAACGAAACCAGCUGGAUGAUGGCGCAGGAGCAAAGCAUGAAUCAGCUGGUGCAGUUAUCGAUGACAAUAUUGAUGCAGAUUCUGCGUCUCAAGCGGACAGUUAUUGAAGAUGAAAAAAUGUUGUCACCUUUGGAAUCGGCUAUUUAUACUCAACCGAAGCAACGAGACACUCUACGUAUCAUCCCGGUUGUCACGGGUUAUAUGAACAACAUAUUCAAUAGACGAUUGCCAAUUCUAUCAUGCAGGCUGCUGAGACGCUUUUCUCUCGAGUUCAAAAUGUCUUUGCUCGCUUGUUUGGAUAUCGAACCGGAUCAAAUCCGGCUGAUAUUCCUUCAACGUCUAAGGGACGACCUUGAAAGUGACAACCUGAAGAUAGCGGUACUGGAGUUCGUCGAAGCUUGCAUCCAUAAACAGCCAGGGUUGACCGAAGCUUUCUUCAAAGUCCACUACGAUAAUGUUGAGCAAAGGUUGUUCCUGGGUGUAAAACCCGGAAAGAAAAAGAACAUCAGCGAUGGCAUACCAACGUACAUGGAAGAAUAUCUGGAAGCGAUUUCCAGCGACCCGAAGAAAUUGGCCAGCCCGCUUUUGUCGCGGAUCAUGUCAUUGUUCCACGCUCUUUGGAAGAACAACAUGCAGGUGCUAUGCAAAGAACUUCUGGAGAAGAAAACCUUCUGGCCAAGUUUGUGUAAUCCUCUGUUUGGAAACAUCAGCGAAAAUGUCAAAGCCUAUUGCCAGCUGUUCAACAUACUUGGAAUUGAGCUGUUCAAAAUCGAUAGCCCGCGCAAAGUUGACGAGAAUCUGAAGAAAGUCUACGAAAAGUUCCUCGACUACAAUGUGUUUUCCCGCUGGGUACGAGCCGUGUUUGACCUACCGAAAUCAAGCGGAGAGAUAUGCGACGACAGUUCUUCUUUUGCAUCGCCAGUAACGGAUGAGACUCCCGAGUGGCUCAGUCGAUUGCAGUCCUUUAAAGAUUUGGUCGUGCUUUUGCUGAGGAAAAAGGACACCGGAAUUGCUAUUCCCGAUCGCAGUAAACGCUUCCUGGCCGAUCAGUGCCUCAAUGUUUUGCUUGAGCGGGCCGAAUAUGCGGAAGAUCUGCGCCCGUUCGUCAUUCUUGCAGAACUAUAUCUAAUAAUUCUCUCCGACUACGAGCAUAAGUAUACCGAUAACACUGAACAGGACACUGAAGUUCUGCAAAAGAUUCAAAAUCUGCUGAACGCUCUUGCAAUCAACUACAAUGAACUACACGCGCGGGCAAAAGAGUCAGUUCUGGCGAUUGCCAUCAAAGCGGUAGAACUACAAGCUGAUCAGCUAAUUGAAAACACCUCAAUCAUCUCGAGUGUAACCCGUUCGGCCGUUGAAGUUGUUUGCCAGGAAGUUUACGAUCUUGAAACGACAACAAAGGCUGAGAUAAAGACACCUCCUACAACAAUUUCCCCACGUGGACACAUACCUCUCCUUCUUGCCCUUAAUCUGCUCAAAAAGCUUAUUCUCAUCUACGAAGAAAACGGAAGUUCCUCGGCCCGUUGGCAAUGUUGGUUCAUCAGGAACAAAGUGUUCCUGCGAUUGCUCAGCGUAACAAAUGUCAUGCUACAGCUUCACUCCAAGCGGAAGAUCACCGAAGAAGUGCUGGAGCUGCUGGUUGUGUUGGCCAAGAGUGGCUGCUCGGCCGAGAUGCUGCACUGUGAAAUCGGAGACUAUCUUUGGUUGAAAUUGCUGCCACCGAAGGAGCUGCUACAACGACCAUAUACACUGGCUAAUGGAGCCGAUAACAAAUGGAAAUCCCAAGACUGGUGGCCAAUUUACACCCGCGGCAUUGAAUUGGUGCGGGUACUGCUGGCGCAGCACAAGUAUCGCUUCCUAAAGGAUGCUUUGUUCUUCGCUGGAAUACACGAAGAAUUCCUCAUCGACUCUUUGCUAUUGGCCAAGCAAUCCAUGGAAACGAAAGCGGUAGCCCUCAUCAAAGGUACACUGGAACUGCUGGUAGAAUUGGUCAACUACGAAAAAGAAUGGAGAUUGGAACACGGUCAAAGUUUGAUCAAUUUGAUGCGAUGUGUUCAGGUGCUUAUGGACCACAGUGUUGCUUUGCUGUAUCGUCCGAAAAUUCUCAAACGAUUGGCUGAAGGGCCAUCGGCAGAGUUGUGCAACGAACAGGACGACCCCAAUGCCGUCGAUACCUCCGAUGAACUUGUCGCAGCCAUGAACAAUGUGAUUGAGAUUGUCACUUUGUGUGCCAAGUGCCUCUUGAGAUUCAGUCCAAAUUUGAUGAAACUGCUUUGUGAUGUGGAUUUCUUCCCGGGCCAAUGGUAUCCGUUGAUCGAAAUUCAGUUUGGAGUUCCGAAAAUGAAUUCGGAUAACUACUCGCAGCUCAGCUUUGGAACCGUGUUGAGAGCCGUUUGCAUAUUCACCAAAGUACUGAAUGUGCAACACUACACGUUCCAAGAAAAUCCGCUUAACCAACUGCCAGCUGGCGAAGCUGACAACGUCGAUGGCACGGCCACAUUAUCCAAUGCAGCGUUAGCUCGACUCAACAGAUCGGCCCUUGCCGGCGGUAACGGCACUACGCGACAAAGCCCUCGUACCCCAUUCUCCAAGUCGCUUUCGAUGACAUCCGUUUCGAGUUUCACUUCAACGAAUGCCAUCGCCCUGUCCAACGAGCUGCUAACGCAUUUGGAUUCCAAGCUUUGCAUCAGCGGCUUAGAAUUUGUCCUCACAUUGCUCGCAUCGCAAAGUUUGCUUGCCCUGAAGGAUACCAAUCUAUCACAGCGAGAAAAGCAACUCAUCAAACGCGAACUCAGCACAGAGUUGCUCAUUUUCCAUGAUUUCGUCAAGAAACGAAUCCUGAAGGAUUCGAAGGAAAUCCUUACACGUAAAAAGUAUGGAUCUGUGCCGAUCUACAACGAUGAUGAAAACGAAGCAGGCGAUGACACUCACGCCGCUAAAACCACUCCGCCUGCUGUGGUACCGAAGAAACCCGACCGCAGCCAGUCGAUGCGAGUGAACGUGGUUCUGAAGCAGCAUCUACAGCAGGCGGCGUCAUCACCGUUGAGUCCAAUUGCUCACUCCUCGCGGAUGGACCCAACCGUGCAUAAACCAUCGUCAUCUACUCCUGCAGCUGCGGCACCGCGAGGCAUUUUAAAACCGCCCAAUGCGGGCUCGGUUAAACGGGUGAUGUUCGACGAGGGUUUGGAAAACAGUAAAACCUUUGCCUACGCGGGUCCUGAAGACGAACCCAUCUUCUAUGAACCGGAAGAUUGUAAGUACACUGGAUUGUCGUACGUGAGGAUAGUCGAGGAGGAUUACCUACACCUGUUGUCGAAUUUGUUUUCCAUGAUAGCUCAGAGUGAAAAUUAGUGUAAAGAUCGUAAAUAUGACAAUGUGUAAGAUUUCCGCGAAAACGUUGAUUAAAUUUUUCAAUUUUGCCUGAA